UCCCUUUUUUUGUUUCUGAUUCUCCCGGGCGAUGACUGAUCGUCUCACCCUCCAAUUUGCUCAUCGUUCUCUCUCGCUAGGGCGUUGCGGCUCGCUUUGCUUGCCAAUCCGCUGUAGGUUUCAGAUUCAGAUUCCGUUCGCUGUCUCUCCUCUCUGCUCCGGCUCCUCCGGACUGGUAUUUCGAAGUAAUCUCCGGCAAUUAUCUCCGAUCAGCGCGUCCUUGGACCGAGGAAUGUCAAAUUCCAUGGUGAACGAAGCAGAACCGAAGGAACUGCGAGACGAGUCCGAUUUUGAAGCUGUCUGCUUCAGCGAUGAAUACAUUUCCAUUUGCGGCUUUGGUUCUCUUCUAUCUGAGAGGAGCGCGCGAAGUACCUUUCCUGAACUCGUUAACUUUAGAGUGGCGAGAUUGCACGGCUUCAGACGCGUUUUCGCAAAUGUAGCUCCCGUAUUCUUUGAGCGCGGCAUUGCUAAACCUGAAACCAAGGAGAUUUCAAGCUUGUGUGCGGAGCCUUGCGAAGGAGAAACUAUUAUCAUUUCGGUUUUCGAGAUUAAGAAGUCUGAGAUUCCAGCUUUUAUACACAGAGAGAUUGAGUUUCGAUUUUUAGCUGUUCUUCCCGAAAGAUUAGACGGAAUGCUAUAUGAUAAACCAGCGGUGCUUUGUUCUCGAUCCACUGAUGAGGAAUUCUUUCAAGUGAGAUGCAAAGGAAAUAAGGACAUUUAUUUUCAACAUUAUGGUCGUCAUAAUAUUGAUAAGAUCUGGAGAGAUGAUAUCUUACCCUGUCGCGUCUAUCUUCGACACUGUGUUUUAGCUGCAAAGAACCUGGGCGACGAAGCUUAUAACAAUUUUUUGGAUCACACUUUCCUUGGAGAUCGUAGUACAACUAUUCGUGACUAUUUGGCCGCUAAUGGUUCAGGCAUUAUGGAAGAGGAGCCUCCAGAAUCUCUCAAGUUCAGAUAUGGCGGUUGAUAUUACAGAACUAAGAAAUUGCAGAGAAGGCUUAUGGAUCCUUGAAAGACUGAGAGGUACAAUCUCAACAUUUUAUUUUUAUGUUUCCCUUGUAAGAAAUAAUUUGUAUCUUGGCUAUCAAGCUAAGAACUUUUAUGAAUCCAUGAUUGUUCCUUGAUAUUAAGCUUAAGACUUUUAUUUUUGCUAUGGUCCAAGCCAAGAACCUUGCCGAAUUCAGAAUGUUUCUUUUCUUUAGUCAAA